UCAAGAUGACAGUUCCGUGAAUGUGUAGCUUUACCUUAUCCCUGAAAAUUCUUUCAAAAUGGCUCCUUCCCGGAGUAUCAUAGGGUUUUUGAACCCAAAAACCUUUAGUGCUGUUGUUUCCAAUAAUAUUUCCAAAGCUCCAUGCCGAUUCGUUCACAGGUGUAAUAGUUGUGACAAAUAUUCGGGUGGUUCCGUUCUUGCCGCUACCACAUUGUCGAACCCUGUGUUGAAGUACAAUGUCGGCAUUGGUAGACAGCGGUUGUUUCACACGACCAGCCUUCUAAAUGCUCGAGGAGAUUACUACAAGGUCCUUGGAGUAUCCAAGAAUGCUUCUCAGAAAGAUAUCAAGAAGGCGUAUUAUCAACUCGCUAAGAAAUACCACCCUGAUGCCAACAAAUCUGAUCCGGAUGCCCCGAAGAAGUUCCAAGAAGUAUCUGAAGCUUAUGAGAUUCUAUCUGAUGAGAACAAGCGUAAACAAUAUGACACAUACGGAACCACAUCAGACCAGAUGGGUGGCAUGGGUGCCGGCUCAGGACCAGACGGCUUCACCAACCAAUGGCAAUACAAGUCUACAAUAGACCCUGAAGAACUGUUUCGUAAGAUAUUUGGCGAUGCUGGUUUCAGGAAAGACUCUUUCAGUGACUUCGCUGAAAGUCAGUUUGGGUUUGGUGCUGCUCAAGAGCUCAUAGUAAAUCUUCGCUUCACUGAAGCAGCCCGAGGUGUGAACAAAGACAUAAACCUGAACAUCAUAGACACAUGUCCCAAGUGUCAGGGCGGCCGGGCCGAGCCGGGCACUAAGGCUGUCAAAUGCAACUAUUGCAAUGGCACUGGCAUGGAAACCUUCUCUAGAGGUCCAUUUGUGAUGAGGUCGACAUGUAGACACUGUCACGGCACCAGGAUGAUCAUCAAAUUCCCCUGUGUGGAGUGUGAAGGGAAGGGACAGUCCGUGCAACGCAAGAAGGUGACAGUCCCCGUCCCAGCCGGGGUUGAGGACGGCCAGACUGUGCGAAUGAACGUCGGCAGUAAUGAGGUCUUCAUCACCUUCAAAGUGGACAAGUCCAACUACUUCAGAAGAGACGGGCCUGACGUGCAUACUGAUUGUAGUGUCUCCGUUUCACAAGCUCUUUUAGGUGGAACAGUAAGAAUACAAGGCUUAUACGAAGAUCACACUCUGCAGGUGAUGCCGGGCACGUCGUCGCACGCCGUCAUCAGACUGUCGCAGAAGGGCAUGAAGAGAGUCAACCAACUGGGCUACGGAGACCACUACGUACAUAUUAAAAUACAGGUUCCAAAAUCGCUAUCCGCAAAACAGAAGGCCCUCCUUUACGCUUAUGCAGAGUUGGAGGAAGAUACGCCUGGGCAAAUACUCGGGGUCUCAUACGAUAGAGAUGGUAAGAAAAAGUAAACUUAUGCCUUCAAA